AUGGCAGACCACCGCGCCAAUAUCCAGCGGCUCCAAGACUUGGGCAUCCUCGCCCGACAGGGCCAGCCGCCACAGCCUGGUGUUACCAUCCCAGACCGCUACAGGCCCGACUCUAUCAGCGAGGAACUCGCCUCACAGCUCGUGCGCCUGAGCAGCAGCAUGGAGGCUGCACGGCGCCCGCUCAACACUCUCUGGGCGCGCGACGGCGUUCUCGAGUGGCCCAUGCGCAACCAGCACGUCUUUUCCCGAGUUCAUAGGGACCAUAUCCGGCCUCAGGUCGUCCAGUACGCCAACUCGAAGCUCGACUGCGAGGUCGGCGCUAGGAACGACGGCAAUGUCGUUAUGCCCGCCAAGAAGUUCUGGGCCCUCGUGGUACUCGAGAUCAUCCUUUCGGCCUUCUACGCCCUCUUCUACGACAACUGA